GGCAGUGAUGUCACAGAGGAGGAGUCUGCUGCGUUCACACAAUCUGUUGGAUCCACACACAUGAACGCAUGCCUUCACUCCGGAGCACUUUAGUCCAAUAUAACCAGUUUGGGAAGUCAAUGUUAUUCGCCUUUAAAAACGUAGGCUAUAUGCAACUAGUCUCUUGUAAAAGCCUGGAAUCACGGUGGAAGUGGUGAAUGCAGCUCGGUUUACCUACAGAUCCGCUGAGCUCUUUAACAGGUGUUUUUGGGGGCACGACGCCUGGAGGUAGAACAUGUCUAAUGGGAAAGACGCAAAUGCUGAGCAAAACAGCUCCUCACAGACGACCCUAAAAGAAUCCCUGGAUGAGUGUAUGGAGGCCAUGGAUCUCUUCCUUAACAACCACUUCAGCGAGAGCCUGGAGAGGCUGCGGCCAAGAGUAAAUGAGAGUAUGUACCACGCUCUUAUCUACGCCACGGUGCUGGAAAUGCAGGCCAUGAUGACUUUCCAGCACGAUGACAUCAGCAAUGCAGGAAAUACCAUGAAGAGUGCCCAGGAAGUCUGCCAGAGGUUCCGACGGAAAUCCCCAGGUAUGGGGAAUAAGUCAGGUGGGGACUCACUCACUGAAGAGCAGCUUCAUGCUGAAGUGUGUUAUGCAGAGUGUCAACUCCAGAGAGCUGCUCUCACCUUCUUACAGGAUGAGAAUAUGGUGAGUUUCAUCAAAGGAGGAAUCAAAGUACGAAACAGUUACCUAAUUUACAAAGAACUGCAUUCCUUCAUAAAAUCUCAAAGCUGUCUCAAAGGACCCAGCCACCUUCACUUAGAGGGCGGAAUAUCAUUUGGAAUAGGGGCGUUUAAUCUGACACUCUCUCUAUUUCCCCCACGGAUACUCAAAGUUUUGGAGUUUGCAGGCUUCUCUGGAGACAAGGAAUAUGGUCUGUCCCUCCUGCGUGACGGUGCUACAGGGAUGAAUCUGCGCUCCAUGCUGUGCGCUCUGCUACUGCUCUGCUACUACACCUUUCUCACAUUCAUUCUAGGGACAGGUGAAGGAGAGGUGGCUGAUGCUGAAAGCCUUCUGAUACCUUUCCGGCUCCGCUAUCCACGGGGGGCAAUCUUCCUCUUCUUUGCGGGCAGGAUUGAGGAGAUAAAGGGAAACAUUGAUGAGGCGGUGGAGCUCUUUGAAGAUGGCUGCAAAGCACAACAGGCUUGGAAGCAGUUCCACCACAUGUGCUACUGGGAGCUGAUGUGGUGUUUCACCUACAAGCGAGCAUGGAAGAUGGCGUACUUCUAUGCAGACCUGCUGAGCCAGGAGAGCCGCUGGUCCAAGGCAAUGUAUAUUUACAUGAAAGCUGCUUACCUCAGCAUGCUGCCAAAAGAUGAGGCCAGGCCUUUUGGGGAGGACGAGGUAGAGCUCUUUAGAAAAGUGCGCAUCUUCAAGCAGAAGAUAGCUGGGAAGUCUCCGCCCACUGAGAAGUUUGCUAUCCGUAAAGCCAAACGCUACAGAGGUCCCAGCCCCGUCAGGCUCCCGGUGCCAGUGCUUGAGAUGAUGUACAUGUGGAACGGUUUCAGUAUGAUCAGCAAGCGGCCAGAGCUGACUGAAGGCAUGAUGCAGACUUUGAUGGAAGCAGAGGGCAGCCUGCUGGAGUCUCCCGAAAAUGAGUACACACUGGACGACCGCUGCGUGAUCCACCUGCUGAAGGGUCUGUGUCUGAAGAACCAGGGUCUCCUACAGGAAGCUGAGGAAUGCUUCAACACUGUGAUUUCCAGUGAAAAGAAGAUCAGGUUUGACCACUACCUGGUGCCCAACACCCUGGUGGAGCUCAGUCUGCUUUACAUACACCAAGGCCGAAGGGACAAGGCCAUUAAACUGCUGCACAAGGCAAAACAUAACUACAAAGAAUACUCAAUGGAGUCCCGUACGCAGUUCAGGGUGCACGCCGCUCUGGCCAAACUUAAGGCUGAGCACGGUGAGGAAGAGGACUCUUAACUGAAGGAGGGCAGAUCUUCAUGACUGUUGAAACACUGGACUGGUUGCUCGACGGAGGGGCCUGUUUUCCGCUAGAUCCCCCAUUUCAAACCUUAAUUCAUCUUUUAGAAAGUGAUGUCUGGGUAAAUUUUCUGCUGUGUUCAGGGGAACCUUUUGAGGUGUUUCUGUCACAUGCUUCUCAAACAUUGUACAAAAAUGUAUAAACUCUAAGAAUAUUUACAAGAGCCCAUCUUUGUCAGGCUGGUUUUGAAGUGCAGUUUGGCAUUUUAAGUAGAACAGUGUAUAUAAAGCUAUAUUAUUCUAUGGACGAUGUUUUUAUAGUUAAGAUUAUAGAUUAAAGGACACUACAUUUUAAUCAACAUUUGAUUGAAGCCACUUUAUAUUAUUAUAUUAUAUAAGAAUUUUAUGACGAUGACAUGUGUUGAAAUUACUUUAUUUUACUUUAUUAAAAAUGUUAAAUGA